CUAUGUCUACGCAGAAUUCCCUCCUGUUGAAUCGAUUCACUUCAGUUUUAAUAAAAUGAAUCCGUUCGCUUGUUAUUACGCUCGGAAAUCGUCGUGCCGUGAAUGUGGCUUUUACCUUGCACGCACAUUUUUUGUGAUGUGCAAUUACGCCGAGUACGUCGUGUAGAUUGACCGUGAAAAUAACCGAGUCAUACACCGGCCGCGCUGGUGGGACAAUCGCUGACGCGAGUCGCAAUAUUUUUAUGCCGAUUUUACCGGUUUCUCCGACUCUACUUCUGUCAAUUUUCAUUUCGGUCCUCUGAAUUUUUUUUUUAAUCCCAGUUAUCAUUGUCAUCGGAUAUGACGGACGUCGCGAAAUUCGGUCAAAUUAACCGCACCCGGGCCUCGGGGGAACCCGAGACCGAUCGAACUUGACCUUGAAAAGUUUUUCUCCGCUCACAUUUUGUAAACACAUCCAUUGAGAACUGCUCGACUUUUGGGAAACCAGUUUCUCCUACACCCGCUACCGAAGGUCAAUUCGUGUAACUCACGCUCGCGAUGUCGGUAUUCUUUCGACGUAUCGUACGAACACAUCGGAUAUGAACAUUAACUGUACGAAUAUUAAUAAACGCACGUGUUCGUAUCAGUUGCGACGAUGUACGAAUUACUUCAUAAGGCAAAACUCGGUUUCUCAGCCACGCUCUACGACCGAGUUUAAACUGCAACUGCUCGCGCUCACCUUCGGUUUUCCGCCGGUCCGUCGUCGAUGGGGGUCCGGAACGCUGGGAUCUUCAAAAUUCGUUGAAAUAUCGUAGAAACGACGGCGAUACGAUUGGUCGUGCGGUUAUCAUUCCACGAAGAUGGGAGCGGGGAAAAAAGUGAAGAGCACCCUGGUAGGCCUCAAGUACCCCACCGGGAGGGACGACAUCCUGAAAACUGGAGUAAAAUGGUUGAACGGUAAGAGAGAAGACGACGGUGCCGAAGGGCUUUGGAGAGUCGGAGACAAAUUGUACGACCUUGACGCGUGGGCAAGAAAUCAUCCAGGUGGCACGGAGUGGAUCACGUUCACCCGAGGAACCGACAUCACCGAAGCCUUCGAGGCGAACCACAUUUCUCUUUUGGCCGAGCGUUUGCUUCCAAAGUUCUACAUCCGGGACGCUGCUGCGCCGAGAUCCUGCCCUUUGACCUUCGAGCCCGACGGUUUUUACCGCACGUUCAAAGCUCGAGCCAGAGAAGCCCUCAAAGACGUGGACUUUCACAGGUCGUCGCGGACCUCGAACCUCAUCGCGGAUUCGCUUUUCGCAACGACGAUCGGCCUUUGUCUGGCCGCGGCGAUAACGCAGUCCUGGAUCGCGAUCGUCGCGAGUGGGAUGUUCUUGUGCUGGACGAGCGUAGCGGCGCACAACUUCUUUCACCAGAGGGACUCCUUCCGGAUGUGCUACUUCGAUUUGACGUUCAUGUCCUCGAAAGAGUGGCGGAUCACGCACGCCCUCAGCCACCAUCUCUACACGAACACCGUGCUCGACAUAGAGAUAACGUUGUUCGAACCGUUUUUGUCCUGGCUACCCGAUCCCGACAAAGAAUUCAUCCCUCGUUUCGCGUCUUGGAUCUACUCCCCGGUGGUCUAUACGGCGAUCGUCUUUCAGCAGGGGCUGAAAAGGAUAUAUUCCACAUUUUUCGAGUGGGACACUCUGGACAUGAGAGACGCCGCGCCUUUUCUGAUCCCGGCGUUGAUGUGUUCGGUCGCCUCGCCGUUCACCGCUUUGUGGACGUGGUUGAGGAUCAUGCUAGUCGCCAGUUUCCACUUCGGCCUCAUCGGCGUCCACGCGGCUCAUCAUCAUCCCGACAUUUACCACGACGGGGACGCCCAUCGCGAAGACAACGACUGGGGCCUCGCGCAGUUGGACGCCGUCCGCGACCGCGUGGAAAUCGAAACUUCGAUCUUCCUGGUUUUGACGCACUUCGGAACUCACUCUCUCCACCACCUCCUGCCCACCGUCGAUCACGCCUACCUUCCCCUCUGCGAACCGGCCUUUCAAAAGACCUGCCAAGAAUUCCAAGUGGACACUUCCCUCUGGACGCAGUGGAAACUCUUCAAGGGACAAUUCAUGCAGCUUGCCAACAAUCGGCCAAAGAAGACGCCGAGCACCCGAUAAUCACCGAAAUUUCCAUUUCUCCGUUCAUCGUCAAUUGUUAUCUACUCGCCUGUUGAAGUUGCUCGUCUAUUUUGUACCGAGAUUCAUAGAAUAAAUGAGUUCAAACGGG